AAGGUUGAAUUUAGCUUAUAAAUUAUAAGCUAUAGAAUUUGCAGUUAGAAGAGCUGUCAUACAUCAUAACUUUCACUUCACUUGCGCGCCGUUGUUAAUCAAAUUUCAAGUUUCUGUUUUCGAUGGUUACUGGAGAAUCUGAUUACAUCGAAUUUCAUCGUUUCAUUUCGUGAAUUCUAAGAAAAUCUAGCCUACAUUGUUAUAUAAUUUCUUUCUUCUUUAUUUCGGUGAAAUAACAUGCCAGCAAAAAGAAAUUCAUCGAAUAAAGUAAUUAAUACCAGAUCCAAACGAGCUAAAAUAGAUAGUGGAUCUUGUGAUGCUACGACAGCACCACUGACGCCAACACCAACCGCCCUAGUAGAUACAUCUUAAAUUCAAGCGGAAGAAAUACAGAAGGAGUUGUUACGUCUUGCUUUAAAGCAGUUAGGCAUUGAUGCACCGCCAAGCUCUUCUCUCAUUACCUUGAAUGAAUUUUAUGAAUUUAACAAACAUAAACAAGAAUCGACGACAUCAAUGAUGCCUGUCAAUAUACCAUCGAGUUCAACAACAGACGAAGCUGCUCAUAAAGAGAUAGAAGAUGCUUUGCGUGAGUUGACUACAGUUGGUACUGUUGAUGCUAUAUCAAAUACUUCUUCCAAAUUGCUAAUGCAGAAACCAAUACCUAUGUAA